AUGGCUGCGGAGAUGGAUAUUUCGAUGAGCGUGAGGGUGUUUGAAGAGUUGACUUUCACGAAGGCGGAGCCAAACGGGAUCUUCUCGAUAAAGAUGCGGGCAAACUACAACGUCUUGACGGGUCACCCAAACAAGACGCAUGAUUGGCAGCGAGCAUACUUCUAUGUUAAGUCCGACGAGCACGCCUUCGAAGAACUUCCGGGGGACGACUAUCGCGUUUUAUGGAAUCAGCAACUUGUUCGUCAUCCUAACACGAUCGCCUACCCCGAAAAGUUCUUUGAGAGCGCCCAACUGAUUGCGACGCAUAGUCAUCUCCGUUGGCCGGAUCUUAGCCGAGAGUGGAUACGUCGUCAGCAAGCUAGGAUUGCUAGAGUUGAUUGGGAAUCAAGAAUUCCUUGUGUACUCGGUCCUCGCAAAUCACGUCUCUCUUUAUUUACUCGGAAGCAACAAAAACUUCUCAACAAGGCCAGAAAGAUGGAGGGAAUUCCGGACUUGAGUGCGUUGCUCAAAGGGAAGCUUCAAAUGCUUUCAUCGAAAUCGUCUUCUGCCGGUGCCUCAGAGGCCAGGCCUACUCCCGCAGAUGGGGAUGUGAAUUCGGAGCCGCCAGCUCGUAGUUCUCUGAAGAAAAAGACCAGCAAGACCAAGAAACAGGCCAAAAAGGGACAGCCUUCCUCCCUUGAGGGGAAUGUUCCUUUAGAGGAGGCCCCGUCUUCCGCUGAUGCCUCUGACGUCGCGGCGAAGAAGAAGAAAAAGAAGAAUGACGGCAAGAAGAGGUCUCGUGAGGAGACUUCUGUCGAACCUGCGGAGACUUCGACAGCUGUAGGGAGUGAUGAUGCGGGAAGACAUGACCCGAACGAUUCUACUCGGUGGUCGUCUGAUGAACGUCCCAAGAAGAAGGCAAAGAAGACAGCCGUAGAAGAUGACGGCCAACGUGGUGGUACCCUUGUUUUUGAGCAAGCCAUGGCGAGCAAAAGGAGCGAUGGGAGCAUGAAUUAUCUCGUUGAGAAGCUGAGCGUGAUCGAGAGGAUACGCACUGAAAACAAAAAGGCCAGCGACAAAGCAGCCAAAGAGAAAGAGGUCCUCCGGGUUAAAUUUGAGGAGCUGGAAGAAAAGCUAAAAUCUGAUCGUCUUGCGAAGAAGGAAGCUUUACGCGAGAAUACUCGCCUAGAGCGGUUGGUCGCUUCCCUCGAGAAAGAGAAGGCUGAGCUCGAGGGAGAGAGGGACGCUGUUGUUGGAACGCUGGUCAAAGAGAGGCAGCGUUUGAGGGACUCUAUGGUUCAGGAGGUCACCCGCGAAAGGAUCAAGGUCCAAACAGCUGUGGCGGACAAGUCUACUCGCUGCGUUGGCAAGAUGAAGGAUUAUCUGGAUCGCCUUAACGCGUUGGAGAAAGCCAAGAGUCUGUACGGGUAG